AUGCGCGCAUUUCUGCAAAAGUUUCGGUCCAAUGCGAGCUCGAAAUCCAACACUGGUGGAUAUACUCCUGCUCCCCGUGAGCUAGAAAAGGAGAAGAACUUUCCCCCGCUGCCAGAAUGGCCCUCGCCCGCGCUCAACCAGACGCUCAAAGAUUCGCAGCCAGCGCCUGUAGUCGCGCCGACGUCUGUGCCGAUAUCCCUCGAAACGUCUGCUCCAAACCUCAAGGCUACGUCUACAGUCCCAACGGCGGCCCGUCCAUUCUCCAAUGUCGACUCCGAGUUACCUCCUUUGCCAUCCUUUGCUGAGCCACUCGAUUUCACCGCAGACGACAAGUCUAGAAAGCGAACUAGCAACGCGACCAGCACCGCGACCGUAAAGGAGCUUGCUAAACGGCCAAAGGACACGGAUCCUAACCAGACGUCGAGUGCCGCAGGCACGCCCCCGCCAGGCGCAUCAUCGUCCGCUCCCGUCCCUAAUGCGACAAAAGCGAAUGGUCUAGCCAAUGCCUCUGCACCGGCGUCUAGAGGCGACUCGUUUGACGAGCGGAGAAAGGCGAGCACGUCCGAGGCGGCUCCCUCAAAGGCCAUGGUCACCAAACUCGUGAAUAUGCACGAGGGCCGUGGAUCUACCUCGACAAAUCACACGGUGGGAACGUUUAGGACGAUCCCGGUAAGCAAUCCUCUCAAGACGAGUUCCACGCGGGCACUUGCCGCUUCCCCGACGCCAGGCAGCGCUAUGAGCCAUGGAACCGCACCGGCACACGCUCAUCCUCGCGCGCACAAGCAAGGCAAAUACAAUGCAAUGGGUCUGCCCAUGGCCGACAACGUUUCCAUCCUCCGCCCGGGCACAUCCAUGUCUGCACGAUCCCAAAAGUCGACAGUCGCCACUACAGCGUCGUGGAGCGAGGCGGCAGAAGAGGACCUCGUCGCCAAUCUCGGCCAACGCGAGCGAACCAGGCAAGAGGUAUUGUGGGAGAUUGUCGCCUCUGAGCAGAGGUACAUUCAAGAGCUAAUGAAUAUGCGUGAAAGCUACAUUAUUCCGCUAUUGCACCCGUUUGCAGCUCAGCAUGACGCGAGUGAAGAAGGAUACCCGCGGAGCGAGACACCCGCCGAGUCGAUUGAACACCUCCCAAUUGCUUCCAGAUUUAUUGGACCCUCUUCCGUCCGCUCUCCCACUCCUGCAACAACAACCGCUGCGACACACCGUACGAAUGGGACCACACCGCAGAUACCGACACCUGAUCAAGACUCGGAUACGGAUUACGACGAGCCGGGUGCGAAUGCAGGCAAACUCGUUGGCUCGAAACGCGUGACAGGCAAAAAGUCGAGUAUCACAGGCUCGAUGGCUGCAAAAGCAAACCAUCCGCGGUCCCCAUAUGGGACCAGCUCUCGAGCCACAAGCAAUGCGGUCAAUCCACGCUUGAACAGACUGAUGCCCCAGAUAUCCUCUCGAUCACAUCAAUCUCUCCCACCUCCACCUCGUUCAACUGGCACUCCUGGCGCCAACGUUGCAUCCACCACCUCUCUGGGGAGAAAAUCGGUCAAUGAAGAGAGAGACGAGACCCGCGGGGCGGGUGCAGCGAGGCCGUCUACAACGGAUCCAGGACAUGAACGACGGCGAGCACGAUUCGCGCCUUCGCCACCUCCUCAGCGCGUACUCAAAAAGACGCGAAAGGACUCGGAAGAUAGGCCGAAAUUGGUCGCCGUUCCGGGCGGGGUCCCCCCGCAUGUCAUACCCGAAGACCUGAGGACGUGUCUUGAUGUCAUCGAGCGGGGUAUUAUACCAGGACAUGGUGUCCUCUCCAAGGCGCUCAUCACUCGGUAUGAUGAACAGUAUCCGCUUGUCAGGAGUCUUGCAGACAUCUUUGUCGGCCAUGCUACCAUCUUGCAUGAGUAUGCUACUUAUGUUCUGCAUCUGGAACGCGCGUUGGAACAAGUGGACACUAUUGUCAACAACGCCAGCAUUCUUGGCCGCUCACGACAGCCCGAAAAUUCUGAUGCCGUGAAAUUGGCAAAACUCGUCCAGCGGCUAGAAAAGGAAGCACACUCACGAGGGGAGACCAACUUGGCUAUUUCGCUCUCGAAACCGUUCCAGCGUCUCCUAAAGUAUCCGCUAUUAUUCCAAAACCUACUCUUCCACACCGACCCGUCGACAUUCGAAUAUGAGAGUACGCUGGAAAUGGUCUCCGAGGUUGAGACGAUUGUACGGUCCAUCGAGGACGAAAAGGUUCAACAAGAGGAGCGCGAUAAGACGCGAGAUGCAUUGGCGCGUAUAGAUGGUUUGGAGAAGGACAAGGUCCUUGCGGUAUUCAAGCCUUCACGCCUGCUCAUCGAAGAGAAUCCUCAACCUGGGUCAUGGGCAGAUCCAGCGACCAAAUCACCUCCAGUGGUCACCGUGAGCACGACUCGGGAGAGCAAGGCCGUCAAGCAAAAAGGUUCGUUCCGGCGCAUCAGCGAGGUCUUGGGGACAAAGGACGACAAGAGCGGUCUGGGAAGCAAACGAGACCUUUGGCUCGUCGUCUUUAAUGACGUUGUUCUUCUCUGCCAGCGAAUUGGCACGACGACUCUUCCACUCUCUACAACCGCCAACUCGCGUGCCAAUUCGUUAGGUGAUGGCUCGAGUAAACCCAAGUAUGCGAGCACCAACGCCAAACGGACAUCCUCUCAGGUUCGCCCAAGAAAUCUUUAUCGGUUCCUCAAGGUUGAAAGCUGGACCAUCAACGAGAAGCCCAAGCCCCGGGAACUCGUCUCCAAAGAGGCUAUCGAGCGAUGGAGAAACCAGCAAGCGAGUGGUCAUCUUAUGGGCAGCGGAGAAUCCCCCGAAGAGGAGGGUGAAGGCAAUGACAGCGAUGAUUCUGACCGCAAGAGCAAGAUGAGCUUUUCGUAUUGGGGUGCCGACAAGGUCACCCUUACCAAGCCAGCAGCCAAGCGCGUUCCAUCGACCAACGUAUCGCGGACACAGCUCACUCCCAAGUACCAAGCACCGUCUUCCUUUGCUGGAAGAACGCCGGCGAAAGAGUCCAAGUUUGGUACACGAUUGCGUUCACCAGAGCCGAGCACAGACGGCUCUGUUGUUGGUUCUGUUCGUCCUGGAAGUCGACGGGCAGGUGCCACUGCGUCUCCAAGUAUGCAGAGACGGCAGAUUACCAGUACCGUCGACUCGAAGCUAACGACGGGGAGCACCACGUCCUUUGUCUCGACAGCUCGCGCCGGGGCGACGACACCCAGUGGGAACGCAAGUUCGAGUGCACCCAUCAAACGCGUUCGCAACACUUCUGUCACAAGCGGGCCGCCGAGAGUGGGCAAUACAAAGACACUGAGCGCGGUCCCAUCAGAAGACUCUGGAGUGGGCAUGUACCGUCAAAUCAUCGACUACGAUCCGACAUUCUCCGAAAUCAGGUCGUGA